GUGGUCUCAAGGCUGGUCAUGCGGUGGUGAUCAACCCAGAGUAGCCAUUAGCCGUGGUCUCCAGGCUGGUCAUGUGGUGGUGAUCAACCCAGAGUAACCAUUAGCCGUGGUCUCCAGGCUGGUCAUGUGGUGGUGAUCAACCCAGAGUAACCAUUAGCCGUGGUCUCCAGGCUGGUCAUGCGGUGGUGAUCAACCCAGAGUAGCCAUUAGCUGUGGUCUCCAGGCUGGUCAUGCGGAUGUCCAGUGCCUUGUGGUUGGAUCUAGUCAUUUCGUGGCAGUUUUCAGCUCCUCUCUCAGCUGGCUAACCUAGUUUCGUAGCUCUGCCGACUGUAUAUCCUUCCAUUUUGUCAAUUAAUUCCGGCUUCAUUUCAGUUAAUGCCUGUAGAACAGCUUCUUGUCCAGUCGCCUCAGCUGUGCAUUGUUCAGUUGUUGGUGUAGAUUCAUGGUCCUUGGCUAGGCUAGCUGGUCUGUUAGAAUUAGCCCUAGGCUGAUUCUUGCUGUUGGUGCCUGACAUCUUCGACAAAAACGUGACAUUAAGCCUUAAAAUGGAGUCUCAGGUUGUAGAGGGGUAUUUUGAUCCAAAUUAAAAUUGUAUUUGAUUUUACUAGGCAACUAAAUAAGAAUUUGUUGUUAACUGACAAUGAUCCUGGACGACUCUGGGCCAAUUGUGCUCCACCCUUUGGGACUCCUAAACACGGCCAGUUGAGAUACAGCCUGGAAUCAAACCAGGGUCCGUAGUAACGCCUCUGGCACUGAGAUGUAGUACCUUAGACCGCUGCGCCACUCGGGAGCCCCGAAAUACAAUCUGCACAAGUAUUUAAAUGUUCUGUUGAGGAGCUCAGAAAAGUACAUCCUCACAUGGCGCCGCUCCCUCGUCGCCCCUGCGGGUAUUUGGGGAUUAACAACAUUUUUGUUAUUGUAUCUGAUGAUGGUGGUACUGUAUCCCCCCCUCCCGCAUUCAUUUCCCACAAUGGACUUUUUUCCCCCGUUCACUACCCGUCCAGUAGGUGGCGGUAAUACGCCAAUAGGUGUAGUGUGACAUUAAACCUUAAAGAAGAAGACAACAAAGUAGCCUAACUGUUCUGUUGUUGCCGACCACAUUUCAUGUCUUACAAAGAAACAAUAGCUUCCACAAUGGAUCGGGACAACGCUAGCCCGUUCCCCUGCACCCUCCCGGAGUCCCCGUGUCAAACGCCUCCUAGUUCCGCUUUACUGCGGGGUCUGGUCGACUGCAGGAAAACACCGGGGCAGAGUGGAACUGAGACAGGAGAAAAGAAAGAAGAUGGAGAAUUGAUUUCAUUAAGUAAGAACCAUGGGGACAGCCCGAACCGUUGCUCUCUCAGUGGGAGGGGCUUAUCAUCUGGGGAGCCUCGACAACAUCAUGAUGCUGACAAGAAAGAGAAGAGUCUCUCCAGGCCAGAACACCUCAAGAAACACCAGCAGAGACUUACAGGGAAGAAACCUCACCACUGCUGCUUUGACUGUGGGAAGAGUUCUGCUAAACAGAGGGAAUUGGUCAUUUACAAGCAGAUUCACACUGGGAGGAAAAUGUACCGCUGCUCUCAGUGUGGGAAGAGUUUUGCUGCAUCUAAAACCUUACAAUCUCAGAGAAUUCAUACAGGGGAGAGGCCUUACCCCUGCUUUGAUUGUGGGAAGAGCUUCAGUCAAUCAGGAGCCCUGACUACACACCAACGCAUACACACAGGAGAGAAGCCUUAUAGCUGUGUUCAGUGUGGGAAGAGCUUUGCUCUAUCCGGAAACCUGAGUACGCACCAGCGUGUACACACAGGAGAGAAGCCUUAUAGCUGUGAUCAGUGUGGGAAAAGCUUCAACCAAUCAGGAAACCUGACUACGCACCAGCGUGUACACACAAGAGAGAAGCCUUAUAGCUGUGAUCACUGUGGGAAGAGCUUUGCUCUAUCCGGGAACCUGACUAGACACCAGCGCAUACACACAGGAGAGAAGCCUUAUAGCUGUGAUCAGUGUGGGAAGAGUUUCAAUCAAUCAGGAGAACUGACUAGACACCAACGCAUACACACAGGAGAGAAGCCUUAUAGAUGUGAUCAGUGUUGGAAGAGCUUUGCUCUGUCCGAAGACCUGACUAGACACCAGCGCAUACACACAGGAGAGAAGCCUUAUAGCUGUGAACAGUGUGGGAAGAGCUUCAUGGAUUCUGGUAGUCUGACUAGACACCAGCGCAUACACACAGGAACAAAGCCUUAUAGCUGUGAUCAGUGUGGUAAGAGCUUCAUGGAUUCAGGAAGUCUGACUAGACACCAGCGCAUACACACAGGAGCAAAGCCUUAUAGCUGUGAUCAAUGCGGGAAGAGUUUUGCUCAAUAUUCCACUCUGACUGCACACCAACGCAUACACACAGGAGAGAAGCCUUAUAUCUGUGAUCAGUGUGGGAAGAGCUUCAAUCGUUCAGGAGCCCUGACUACACACCAACGCAUACAUACAGGAGAGAAGCCUUAUAGCUGUGAUCAGUGUGGGAAGAGCUUCAAUCAUUCAGGAGCCCUGACUAGACACCAGCUCACACACACUGGAGAGAAACCUUACUCUUGUCUAUGUGGAAAGAGCUUUGCUCGUUCAGGGUCACUGAAACAACACCAGAAAGCAUCUCCCUCCUACAGCACCGGUUACAGAUCUCUAAAUGAAGUUACAAUAGAAAACAUCUUGUAAAGAGUCAUCCAUCUCCCAUUCGCUAACAGUUUACUAAGUCUUAUUACCAUGAUAACAUGUGUAGAUAAUAUGCAGCUCUGGGUCUAUAUGUAUUAAGCGUCUUGGAGUAGGAGUUCUGUGUG